GCGAACGACUUACAAUCGAUUACACAAGCUACCUCGUUUAAUUGUUAAUGAAAUUGCGGUAAUUGCAUGCACAAUUGCACACCGCGCAUGAGGCGAUCGAGACGCCAUCAUCCCCAGGAGUUGGCAUUACACUUGACACUUCGUCGAGAACUGAACCUCUAUUUUAGUCUAUCGGGUUUAUUGUCAUUGGAUAGAGGAAUGAAUUAUUCAUCAGCUGAUUGACAAAUCAUAAGCAGAAUUUCUACUUUUGGAUUGAAAUAAUAUCAGUUACGCCCCCAUCCCGGAGAAAAAUCGGGCCUGGUGAUUUCAGUGGUUAGGGGUGUGAGACUUAAUUUUAUUAGGCAUUAAUAAAUUAGAAUGGCUGAGAAUGGAGACAUAAUUGAGGGUUUUAUAUGCCCUAUCUGCAUGACUGAUUUGAAAUCACCGAAUCAGCUCACCAAGCAUUUCGAAGAUGUUCAUAAUGACGACCCCGAGAUAUUAAAAUCACUCAAAGACUUAUUUGGAAAAGCCAAAAAAAAGAUUCUGAAACAGGAUGAAAUUAAUGAAAGCCUAUCAGAGCAAAAUGUAUCGAUUAGCAAACGAAGAACGAGUCCUGAAAUAAAUUGGGGCCCACAAGAAAUUGGUGCCAUGAAAAUCCACACAAUUUACUUCAGAGAUAUUAGGAACUCAAGACUAGAGAGAUAUUCCGCCGAAACUAAUAAAUUACUCAUCAGAUUGGAUAAGUUAUUGAAUAAUCUACCAACAGAUCCCAUCGACCGAAAAGUUCAUGAGAAGACGAUAGUUCCCUGGAUUGAUGAUAAAGACGUUAAAUUAUGCCCCAACUGCGCCAGAAGUUUUCAUUUAGCAAGAAGAAAGCAUCAUUGCAGACUUUGUGGUGCUGUCAUGUGCCACGAUUGCACGAUGUUUUUAUCACUCAUAGAUGCCAGGAAAAUGACGAGUCCAGUAUCCGUCCAGGACGAUUCAGCAGUCUCUCCCACAGCUCCAGAGUCUCAUUUAACAGGUAGAAUCCUUCGAGCUGGAAUAGGUCUUACAAAACUUGCACGUUCUCCAUCGAGUAGUAGUUUAAAUAGUGUUUUGUCAUUGGUCAAUGAUCCAGCGAGUGGUGAGCAGCAUUUCCGGUUAUGUAUUCACUGCAAAAAUCUGCUGGAGGCCAGGCAGAGACUCCAGGCACGACAAUUCAAUAAACCAAUUAUCAACAAGUUUUAUGAGACCAUGAGAACAUACAUGGAGGAGGCAACUAAAUUCAUGGGAAUGUAUCAGAAGAUGUGGGAGUCAUUCAACGAGGGAGAAACGACGUACGAUCUACGAGACGCUCAAAUCCUCCGGGUGAAAAUCGCGAAAAUAGGAGAGAAUGUGGAUAACAUCAGCAAAAGAAUUCUAGCGAUUGGAACUGCAGACGUGGAUAAUCCACCGCAGGGACAGGCUCUCAGGCUUCAUCAGAUGGUCAGGGCAUCAGCCAUGAUUUUUCUGAAAGAGCACCUGUUGACCAUCCCUUCACUCCCCAGUGAGGAAGUCUACCUUGAACUUCAGGAGAAGCGUCAGAAGAGGAUCGAAGAGAGGGUGGCAUUUGAGAGGCAGAUGGAGAUUGAAGAGGCGUUGAAGGAGAGGCGGAAGGAGCAGAGGGUCGAUCCUAAAGGUGGAAUGAGUUCAUCGGUUAAAUCUAAUGAGCCAAUAAUUGAGAAAUCUGAUGGCUGGGGGCCAUCAAGUGCUGUUGCAAUGCUGCCCUCGAGCACAAUGGAUCCAAUUAUCGAACAAAUGAGCAACUUGAGGUCAUACAUAAAGCAAGCACGAGCUGAAUGCAAAUACGACGAGGUGGCAACCCUCGAGAGUAAUUUAAAAGAACUUCAAAGUGCAUACUUCGCCAUGAAGCAGACUAACGAUGGCUAGUCGUAUGAAAAACAAAUUUCGAAUGAAUUUAUUUAUCAAAAUAUUUAGACGCCUUUAUUAAUCACGAUAUCCGAUAUUCGCCAUCAUCAGCUAAGUCGUUCGAUGUUAAAAAACAUUUAUAAGAAUAUUCAUUCCGCCACAUAUACGCGUCGAUUCCAUGGCAUUUAUUUUUUUAUUUAUCUUCGGAAAUUGUGAUGAUUUAAGCUCGAGUGUUACGUGUCAAGUGCUCUGUCGCUUGUCAAUAAUUUCAUUUAAUACUUCGCUAAUGUAAGUAUUUUUUUCAUCUUUUACUUGAAGCUUUAGGUAUUUUACAAGAUGUAUCGUAAAAAAUAUUUGUGAUAUAAUAAAUAUGAAAUAAAAAAUUUAUAUACAGAAAA